AGGGGUCCUGCGCUACUACCUGACUGCCCUGUAUUCCCACCAGCUCGCCCUCCGAGCUGGACGCCUGAGCGACGCAACGAACGCCCUGGCAUUCCACCCUGUUCUACAACUUCCGUCCAAAUAUUCAUUUAUUGGCUGGGGAGUAGUGCUACUGUUUCACAGCAACUGAGAGUCGAGAGUGAGUCAUUUACUACGCUGCC